AAUCGUUUAGAAAUUCAGUCGCUUGAGCGAGGUUGUGCAGCGCGACUUACAUAUUUUUUUUACAGUGUCUUGUUCAUAUUUGAGUUUUGAUAUCACGGAAUUAAUUAUUAAUCAGUUUCACCUGUUAUCUUAUUUUAUUUAUCUUGUCGACCUGCGUACAUUGUGACUGAAGUGUUUUGAAUUGAAAAGUUUUAUUUUUAUUAAGUUUAUAUUUUUAUUUCUGAAAUAUACACCGACAUGGAAUUAAGGAGGACUGUUUGGAUAUUAUUAAUAUUAUUUUCUUCGACUGAAGUGUUAUGUGUCCCAUUGGAUGAAAUAACUAAUAUAAGCAUAAAUGAAAACCCUACAACUUCAAAUAAAAUACAAUAUUCUACUACCGAGGUGGAGCAUGCUACCAAACAACCUGACAAGAAUGAAAGUACACCUUUGGUAGAGGAUAAAAUCAAUAAAAAUGAAAAUAACACAGAAAAAUCUGGCGCUGAUGAUAUGCCUAACGAACUAGAACACUUGCUACCUACAAAUUCAUCGAAUUUUGCCUACACCUAUGUUUCCGAUGAUAACAAAGAUACAGAAGUUUCGGAUAUGUUAAAUAUACCUGCAUCUUCAGUCGAUUACGAUUUGGCACCAAAUCAGCCUAAAAUUGUUUAUAAACCAGAUGAUUCAGUCAAUACAAGUAUAUUUUUGAAAGACGAUUCAAUAAAUGUUAAUUUAGAAGGAAUGAAGAAUUAUGGUGAUGAGACAAUCGCCAAAAGAAGUGAUUUGGAUCACAUUGCGAUAGUUCCUGGAACAAUAGCUGCAAUCUUAGCAGGAGUAUUUUUAGUCGUUUCAAUAGCUGGAUAUAUCAGUUUAUUGAGCUGGAGGAGGUACUUGGAAAAUCGUUACGGCAAUAGAGAAAUGUUGGUAGAAGAUGAUUAUUGCGAGAAAAGUAUAAACGAUUUAGAACAUUUUUCGAUAUAAUCGCUACUUUCUAAUACGCUAAUAAGCCAGCAUUUCAUUCCUACGUACAGCCAAAGAGAUAAUAGUACAGUUAUAAUAUAGCGCGAGAUGAGUUUACUGAACUGCAUAUCAAGAUAACCCCACGAUCGACCCACCAUCAGUUGUCAUUAAUGUGGAUAUUUAUUUGGAUUGUGAUUUACUUACAUACCUUCUAUGAAUUUUACAAGGAUAUUCAAUUUAUUUUAAACAUCGUCUUUUUCUAACUGAAAUAACAUUAGAUUAUCAAGGCUAAAGCCAUUUUUUGUAUGUAAAAGGUGACCGCAACGGGAUACAUCAACAAUUUUUUCUUUUAAUUUGCCGUCUACACAAACGAUCUGUUUAGAUAAAUGUAAACUAUCUCUCAAAAGUAAAUACAAAGUUUCGUUUUCAUAUAAAUAUCUAACACGUUUCGGUAGAGAGUAGCUUUCCUGACAAGGUUAUGUACUAUUUAUAGCUUUGUUUUGAUUUUUAUUGAAAUACAAAUAUAAAAAAGUUUCAAUACCAAUACACUUUCCAGUAAUUUUCAAAUGCACAAUAUUUGAUACAGUAAUUUCAAUUCAUUAUCGAAAAUAAAAUUAAUAUCAAAGUAACACACUUUGCAUACAAUAAUAAAAAAAAUUAUUCGUGUCUAAUAAAUACAAGUGCAUUUUCAUGUUGAUGCUCGUCGCUAGCUUAGAGCGUCAAAUAAGGUCACGUGGUAUAAUUUCGAUUAGCGCGCCAUCUUAUGGUCAUGUAACAUCAAAUAUCAGAGCGUCAAACUUCAAAACAUUGUUAAAAAAACAAAAUAUACCACAUCUGUCAAUUGUCUGUCUAACCUAUAAACAUAGUUUGUUUUAAAAAUAAAUUGUUACUUAUUAAAUAUUAAUGAACGUCUUUAGUUGAAUACCCGAUUUAACACCUAAACAAUGUUUAGUUUGACGUUCGUUUGACGCUCUAAGCCAGCGUCGAGCGUCAACGUGAAAUUACAUCUUAACCAGAAGCUAAUAAUUCGCCCAACCAACGUUGCCAAAUGUAAGUUUGCUUAGAGCGUCAAAUGAGGUCACGUGUUAUAAUUUCGACUGGAGCGCCAUCUUAAGUUAAUGUAGCGUCAAAUUUCAGAGCGUCAAACUUCAAAACGUUGUAAAUAGCAAAAUAUACCACCUCUGUCAAUUGUCUGUUAAUCUAUAAAUAUAAAAUUUGUGUUAAAAUAAAUUAUUACUUAUUAAAUAUUAAUGAACGUCUUUAGUUGGAUACCCGAUUUAAUAAAUAAACAAUCUUUAGUUUUGACGUUGCAUUAAUUUAAGAAGAUGCUUCAGUCAAAAAUUGUAUCUUGUUUGACGCUCUAAGCCAGUGACGUGUUAACAUGAAAUUGCACCUUAACCAGAAGCUAAUAAUUCGCCCAACAAACAUUGCCAAAUGAACCCCCUAGUUAUUUCUCGGUAUAAAUUGUUAACGGGUUAACCCGAUUUUGGAAAGUAACCUGAUUUACGUUCACUGUUACUAAUCGGAGUAAUCGGGUCAGAAUCCAUAUGAUAAUCCUUUGUGGUUACAAAGGAUCAUCAUUAUGAUAUGGUUCUAAAGGCUUUUCGGAUCUUCCGAUCAUGGUUUGAUUGUUCGGAAAGUAAUCCGAAUCAUGUUCACUGUUGUUCUGAAAGUGACCGAAGUAAUCUGGAUCAUCAUAUGUUAGGAACCUACCGAAUUGUUCGGAAUCUAAUAAAAAACUAGUUCUGUGCUAUGAUCGGCAACUUAACCUAGCCUAACCCAAAUAGAGAAUCUUAAGAUAAACAAUGAAUGGAAAUACAUCGAGAAAACGAUAAAGAAAACCGCAGAUAAAAUAAUAACAAGGAGAGCAAAGAAGAGAAAGUAGAAUUGAUUCGGCAGAGAAUCAAAAAAAUGGAAAUGAGAAAACAUAUUAAACAGAAAAUGUUUCAAAUGGAUGCUGAUGAAGAUAAGAGAGAGUACAAAAGACAAAGAAGAAUAACGUAAAAGUUAUGCAGAGUAAAAUAGGGAGAGAAAUGUCAUAUUUUUUUGUAAUAACCCCAAAAUAUCCAAGUAACUUUGCUUUAAACAAUAUUAAAAGUGAAAACUGCUUUUAAAUUUUGAGUAUCCUCGGCGUUGGUUAGGUUGCUCUAAAAGCACUAAACUAACUCAAAGGUCUAUAUCUUCUAAGUCUUUCUUUCAAACCGAUAUUGUCAAGGAGCUGGAUAACCUCCAUAUUAACCUGAUAAUGGGGUCUUCAUUCAUAACUCUUGGCUAAUUUCUUGAUAUAUUCGUCAACAGUGUCCAUUUCCAGGUCCCUUUGGAGGUCACUAUUGCCAAUGUUAUCAUCCACUAUGUUGAUCAGUGCUUUGUUUUGGAAUUUUUUUCCUUCAUAAUUCUUGGCUAAUUUCUUGAUGGUCUCGUCAACAGUGUGCAUUUCCAGGCGCCUGUGGAGGUCACAGGGACGUGUACCAUCUACUAUGUUCCUUAUUACUUUGUUUUGGAAUCUUUGACUGAUUGUUAAGUUGCUUGUGUUGAUGCAUCCUCAUAAUUGGAUACCAUACGUCCAUACAGGCUUAAGUAUCUACUUAUGAAGCAUAAGCUUAUUAUGUAGAGAGUGGAGUUUAUUCAAAUUGGCCAGUAUAUUUUUCUAUAUUUCAGUACAAAUUCGUUUUUUUCUAAUUAGUAUGUACUUUCCAUCAAGUUUGGCAUCUAAGGUAAUAAUAAAGUAAUAGUAUUUUGAUGAUAUUUGUUUUAAUGGAAAUGAUAUUUCUGACUAGGUUAAUAUCCUUAUCAAUUUUUUUAUAGUGUAUAUAUGUGUAAUUGUCCAGGACGUAUCCGUUUUUUGUAGACAUCUGAUAGGUGGACAUAUAACGGUAAAUCAGGGUCAUUUUAGUGAAAUAGUUUAGUUGCAAAAUAGAUUGGUUAUUAUUUUUUAAGUUGCCAUAAUAAUAUAGUUACCAUUUGAUGUAAAUAAUAUAGAGUAUAAUUUUAUUUUUAUUGAUUUAAAUGCAAAGAUAAUCAACAUAAUAUAUAUUGUAUAGAAUUAGAAACGGCUAAUAAACUAUUAAGAA